AUGGCUACUCUCGGCGGAUACCUAAACAAGAAAGUCCUGAUCGUCACAGCAGACUCGAGAAUUCUCGUCGGAACCCUAGCAGCCUGCGACAACACAACAAACUUGGUCUUGAACAAUGCGAUAGAGCGUAUUAUCCGAACACCCGACGAUCCGGAACCCUCAGCCCAAGUGCCCCUGGGCCUAUACCUCGUGCGUGGCGACAAUGUCUGCUCCAUCGGCCUCGUGGACGAGGCGCUUGACGAUAGCAUCAACUGGACAGAAGUCAAGGGCUCAGCGAUCGGAGGCAUAAAACACAUUUAG